AAAGGAAAAAACAGAACAUUACACUUGGUUCACAAAAAAUCCACCACCCGACCUGAUAGCGGAUAUGGAGAUAAAUCGUUGUCAUUUCUCCCGCGUUCCUCCGAUUGCCGGCGCUCUUCUCACGGUUAAAUGCAGAACUCGCAUUUCUCACUGCAGCAUUACUUAUCGGAAGUUGUUCUUGCUGAAAUCCCGAACCUUCCUUCUGAAGUCAUCGUCUUCCCUCUAUGAUCGACCUUCGGUUGUUCACGAUAGUCUCCGAGUCCUAGAGUGGGACAAGGUCUGCGAUGCCGUCGCUUCCUUUGCUGGUACUUCAUUUGGCAAGGAAGCCACCAAGGAAAAGCUGUGGAAUUUGAGACAAACGUUCGAUGAAAGUGUCACACUGUUACAGGAAACUAGCGCUGCUGUGGAAAUGCAUAAGUACGGUGCAAUGAAGGAGUUCACUGGGAUUGAUAUGGAACUGGUGAAACUUGCAAUCCAAUGUGCGCAUAGGGAUUCUAAGGUUAGUGGGAAUGAAGCCGUUGCACUUGCAUCUCUGUUACAGUUUGCUGAAGCUUUAAAGUCAAAUGUUAAAUCUGCAAUUAAACAAGAUUCAAAGUGGUACCAAUGCUUCAUGCCUCUUACUGAAAUGAUUAUGGAACUUGAGGCAAGCAGAUCGUUAGUCAGCUUCAUACAACAGCUGGUUGAUGAAGAUGGCUCUGUUAAGGAUUCUGCGGUAACUACUAUGGUGAUAUUUCUACAACUUCAUGGCUUGUGUUAACUAAUGCCUACAAAUUCCUGUUUAGAGCGCCAUUUUGAAACAAUCACGUGAUCGAGUUCAUUUGCUGGAAAGAAAGUUAUACCAGUUGCUGGAGGCUUUGAUUAGGAAUGAAUCAAAGGAAACAGCAUCUUUGGAGAUGCGUACUGUUGAUGGCAGAUGGUGCAUAACUUCUGGGUCUGAUCAGCGAGUGGGCCUUGAAGGUCUUCUGUUGUUUAGUGGUUCAGGUAUGGGAAGCAUUGUAGAACCUCUACCAGCUGUUGCAUUAAAUGACGAGUUGCAAAGAGCCAGGGUGUCUGUGGCUAAGGCUGAGGACGAUAUACUCUUUAAGAUAACAAAGAAGAUGCAAGAGGAUCUUCAGUGCAUUGAAAAUACAUUCAAUAUCAUAGUCAGACUAGAUACUAUCAAUGCUCGAGCACAGUAUAGCCUUUCAUAUGGAGGCACAUAUCCUGAAUUGUAUUUUCCACAUGACAAGGACAAGUCUGUUUAUGCUGAUGUAAUGUUGGAGGAUAGAACCUCCAUAACAUCACAUCCGUCUCUUGGAGAAUGGGCUCUGUAUCUACCAAAGUCAUAUCAUCCUUUACUGCUGCAGAAGCAUCGGGAAAGCCUUAACAAUGCGAUGAAGCAUGCCCAGAAAGCCACUUCAGAAAUCAGGAGGAAACAUCAAAGAGAAGGAUUUACUCGUGAAAAAUCAAAUUUGGACAUAUUUUCCUUGGAGAUGGAGGUUGCUGAAAUUAAAAAUACUCCUCCUGUUCCUGUUGACAUAUUCAUAGCCAGAAAUACUAAAGUUCUGGUCAUUACCGGCCCAAAUACUGGAGGAAAAACCAUUAGCUUGAAGACAGUUGGGUUGGCUGCUAUGAUGGCAAAGUCGGGCCUUUAUGUUUUAGCUUCUGAACCAGUGAAGAUCCCUUGGUUUGACUUUGUGUUAGCUGAUAUUGGUGAUGAGCAGUCCUUAUCUCAGUCUCUGUCUACCUUUUCAGGCCACCUAAAACAGAUUACUAAAAUUCAGUCUUGUUCAACAAGUAUGUCCCUCGUGCUACUAGACGAAGUAGGUGCUGGGACAAAUCCUCUGGAGGGAGCUGCAUUGGGGAUGUCAUUGCUACAAUCUUUUGCAGACGCUAGUUCUUUGCUUACCUUAGCUACAACACAUCAUGGAGAACUCAAGACCCUUAAGUACAGUAACGAGGGCUUUGAAAAUGCAUGUAUGGAAUUUGAUGAAGUGAAUCUGAAGCCAACGUAUAAGAUCCUUUGGGGAAUUCCAGGACGUUCAAAUGCAAUCAAUAUUGCUGAAAGACUUGGAAUGCCUAAGGCAAUUCUGGAUGAUGCUCGUGAAAUUUAUGGAACAGCGAAUUCCAAAAUUAACGAGGUUAUACUUGACAUGGAGAGAUUUAAGCAGAAGUCUCAUGAGCAAGUCCAUGAGGCUGAACAUUACUUGAAGCUGUCAAGAGAGCUAUAUGAGAAGGUACUUAUUGCCAGAAGGAGAAUCAUUGAACAUGGGAUUGAGCAAAGAUACAGGAAGAUGGAAGAAAUGUCUCGCUUAGAAGCAGCAGCACGCUCUGAACUUCGCAGUAAAACCGGGCAGUUCCGUGCAUCUCGUAGGCAACUCUCUGAGAUACAUUCAGAUGCUUUUGAAAAGGAGACUUCUAAGACACCGGAAACUGAGAGUUUUGAAGCUAUCGGGGGUGAAAAUGCAGCCAAAAGCUUAAAGCGUCAGGUUUUAGCAGAGAAGAGAGCGGAGCUACCCAAGGUUGGUGACAUGGUGCAGGUUCUUUCUCUUGGCAAGAAAGCUCUAGUUCUAAAAGUGGAUUCUUCUCGAGGUGAAGUUGUCAUUCAAGCCGGUAACAUGAGGCUUAAAGUGAAAGCUUCAGAUGUUGUAACUUGACUUGUAGGGAGGGGUUCGUCCAUAACCCAAUGUGGUUUUUCUGCAAUUGGUAUUACGCCAUUUGUUAGUAAUUUACACAAUCUUGGUAGAAUGCACGGCUUUCCUACUCCAGCAUAAGCAUCUCCAUUAAAAUAUGGCAAUUUGUCACUCUAUAUCUUGCACUCUUACACAAGGAUGAUCGAUGCAUUAUAGACAACUUGGCCAACUUCAUUAUUACUGAAAAAGAAGUUUAUGAUCCAAA